GAAACACGCAUGAACUAUGGGCGAAACAAGUGCGCGAGAGAAAGUGAAAAAAUGAAAAAAAUGAAAAAACAAAAACAAUGACGAAGGAUAAAGCCACUGAAGAGCGAAGGGCGACAUAGCGCUCGCAGUCGUACGCUGUCUCUACGAACGUGAGGACGAUCUCGGAUAACCGUGCAGUGUGUGCCGCCUUCUGGGCUUUCGUUUCUUUCCCCCCCGCCCCGAAUUCCAGGAACGGCUUCGUCGGCUCCGUUUUUUUUUUUUCUGCUCCACCGCAUCACACCGCAGCAUCGUCCUGCCGUGCCAUCGAAUGUAACACAAACAAAAAAAGCAGUGAGAAAGCCGGCUGCACAAAAAGGACCGCGAGUGUCUUUGAAAACCACGAACGGGUCACGACGCCGACCUGUAGGCAGAGCCCUGGAUAUUGCUGGAGGCAGGCAGAAUAACGGCGACACUCGGUGGAAAGUAGGGACACUGACGCCUGCUGACGAGGGGCUACGUCGAUCAUUAACCAAAGAAGAUAACUGGGAUGCAGGCACUCACUGGCCUCUGUGAGCAAUCAACUUCGCGAGUGCAGCCGAUGCAUCGCGCAUGACCAUAGACGCCAAGCAAGAGGACGACGGCCAGGCCAGCGCCGAUCGGGAAAACCCGCCACUGGCAGAGUAAAGGGCCGCCGCUUCGUGGCUUCUGCAGCCGGCACAAUGACGGAGCUCUUGUGCCUCGAGAAGGACGUGGAUUUCCAGGAGCGGCCCGAGGGCCAGGGCUCCGUGUGCUCGUACAGGGACCCGGCCAUCUUCGACGACUGCACUGUGCUUGAGAACCUGCUCAGAUCCGAGGAGAGGUACCCUAUCAACCCACGCUACUUCACCUGUGUCCAAAAGGAGCUCUCCGUCAACAUGAGGCGCAUCGUCGGACGCUGGAUGCUUGAGGUGUGCGAGGUGGAACAGUGCCGCCCGGAGGUUUACCCUCUGGCCAUGAACUGCCUGGACCGGUUCCUCUCAGUGCGGCCCGUGCGAAAGUGUCAGCUGCAACUCACGGGAGCCGUGUGCAUGUUGCUCGCCUCAAAGUUUCGCCAGACGAAGCCCCUGUCUCUGGAGAGGCUUUCCAUGUUCACAGACUACUCGGUCACCAGGGAGGAGCUCAAGGACUGGGAACUGGUGGUUGUCUCGACUCUCAAGUGGGACGUGUGUGGUGUGAUCGCGUGCGACUUCCUCGACCACCUGAUCCACAGGUUGGAGCUGCCCAAAGAGGCACGGUGCAGCCCGGACCAUAUCCGCAGUCAUGCGCAGACCUUCAUCAGCCUCUGCUACACCGAAUUCGAGUUCAUCCUGUCGCCAGCGUCGAUGAUCGCCGCGGCAAGCAUCAGUAUGGCCAUCUGCGGUCUAAUCAAACUCAACUGGACCCAGAAGAAGGACGUGUUGCAGAGGCUCCACGAUAUCACCAGCAUAGAAGUGGACUGCCUACAAGACUGCCAGCAGAGGAUCGAGAAGACGCUGGUCAGGAACUACCCAGAACUCACCAAGAGCCUUGCUGCCACGCUCAACGGAACGACCCCAACCCCGUCGCCAGCGUCGACGCCGUCGGGGGACUACGCAGUUAAAGUGAGCGCCGAGACGGUCACCCUAGAGUCUGAAACCCCCGAGACGCCUACAGACGUCCAAGAUGUUCUAUUUUGAGCUGCGGCCUCCAUGCUUAGGCACUGACGGACUACCUUAGGAAAAAAAAGAAGAAAAAAAAUGAAGAAAGGAACACUGGCCACUGUGCUUCAAUUGCGCGUGGCCCACAAGCCCUGCGAGGUGGUGCCUGCCACUUCAAGUUGGCACCCUUCCUACGUCCCCCCUUCCCCAAACCCUACAACAGCUGCAAGAAAAUGCAACAGAACUCGUCUGAGGAGGGACUCCGGUGUUCACUCGAGUACCCAUCCCUUUAGCAAAUGCAAUGGAACAUUUGAACACUCUUGUGCGUAUGUGUGCAUGUGUGCGUGUGCGGCCGCAGUGUUUUUUGAGACUUUCGGCGCACUCGAUUUAGUCUUUUUUUUAUUAUUUUUCGUUCGUUGCUUCACUGCUGCCACCUGCCUGCCGAGAAAGCAAGCAGAAGAAAUGCCCCAGCCAACGGGAAGAAAGCCUGUGAAAACUUGUCGACCUGACCUCAGCACCUUUGCUACUCUCCAAAGGCUUUUUCUUCUUCUUUUUUUGCUUGUGAGAGAUACUGAGAGAACUGAAAGGCUGACGCAAACGCUCGCUGAAAACCGAAGAAGUGAACUGGUGUUCUAUAAGCUGUCUUUCCUUGUCUUCUCUUAGCCGUUGAGCGUUGGUCAAAGAUGGUCACUACGUACUCGUCUAAGCCUUUCUUUUUUUAAAACUCUUUUGCCGUGGCCAUAAGUGGAAAGAAAAGAGAGAGAAGAGAAGGUGAUGAUGUGCGACUGCCAAUAGUGUGCCUUAUGCAAAAUGUGCGUCUCGGAAACAAUAGAACGCAGAGAUGUGAAGACGCCUAGUCAACGAUGGACGUGACUCUUUUUUUUUUUUACGUUGUGUUUCAGCUUAGUCUGUUUGGCAUUGUAUUAGUGUGUGUAAAUGAAACGAUGAAGUCGACGGCUAGAAAAUGAAAGCAAUGGUGCUGUACAAGACGUCACUCUCCACUUAAAGUGGUGCGAGAUGUUUUUUGCGAUUGUCUGCUUGUAUGGUGUGUGUUUGAACAUGGCAAGAAAGGAAAGAAAAAAAUGCAACAGCUUGAAGUGGAGCUGGAAGGUUUUGUAGGAAGCAAUGAAGAAGUAGUAGAUCAGUGUAAUGUCAUAUUGCAGAAAGUCGGCUAAGCCACUUCUUGGCAACCUUUCUGACAGACUUCUCACCCAGGUUUUUGCCCUUGAUCCGAACUUUAGACGAAUAUUUUGAUUGUAGGAAUGGAAAUAGAAGCCGCGUAACUUAAUUUUGAGAGCCAGAGUGUUGGAGGAGUUCAGUGGUGAUGUUGCGUAUUUUUCCGCGUGCCUGCUGUGUGUGAAAGUUAGCGUGUGGUAAAAAAAAAAAACAACUCAGGAAAGGCAGGCAGUAGUUUUCGAGGAUUAAGUGGGUAUUAUUAUAUUAUAGCAAUAAUUAUUUUUAUUGUCUUUUGUUGUUCUAUCAAGUCCUCUAUAACGUUGCACGAAGAGCACCAGGGCAUUUUUUGAGGGUGUGUGACUUGUGUUUUUUGCGCCUUCUUUUUUAUGUACAUACAUAAUAUCUAUCUAUACAAGUCCCUUGACGAGACAGGCGGCACGGCAUGUGCUAGUUUUUGAGUGUCAUCUUAUCCCUCUUUUUUUUUUUUUCGCCGCCAGCUCCUCUUCAAUCCAUGGUUACUUGGAAACCAGAGGGCAUGGCCGUUGUCACAUGGCGUGACCACUGCGUUAGUGACUUAAUACCUCCAUUGUCAAUGUCAGCUUUAGGCUUUUUCUCUUGCGCGGCUAGCAAUUCGUAAUACGGAUCGGCUUGUGGGCGGUCCACGCGUCACGAGACGACACCGUUUGGGCGCUUAUAUCACUCAUUUUUUCACCUUCAGUUGGUCCGGGAGUCGAUGACGAAACACUAAAAAAAAAAAAGGGGGAACCGUGUGGUUCGUUGUAUAGAGGCUUCGCGGAAAUGACAUCUCGUGCCAUUAAUGCUAGAGUAAGCUAUAUCCGCGACGACAGCGCCCUCACGAAGCAAACCCAUUUAUUAGUGACGACGCAAUCUUGUUUUUCGUUGCCCGCGUCAAGACUCACUCCCACGUUGGGACGCGGUGGGCUCACAAACUCGACGCGACAUCUCUCGCAGCCCCGACGGAUGUCAGCGGGCGAAUUCGUUUCUCCGUGUCGAGUCCGAAGCGGUUUUAUCGCGACCUCGAUGAGCCAUCUAUAGCGGCGACGCUUCGUCAGAGCAGUGUUUACAAACGAAUAACUGACGCAUUUCCCAAUUAGAAAGCGGCCACUUUCACUGGCACCGACGGUGCCCUUCGCGGAAGUGCUUUUGUGACAACGUUCCUACAAACGCAACACUAAACGUCCGCCCUCUCGUGGAAGCGACGCGUACUAAAGCGCUCCGACGAGCGCUUGACCAAGUGCCAUUCGAGUUUUUCCUUACUCUCCGUCGAAACGAAAGAAAAGCUCUUGACUGGAGCAGCCUCUGCGCUAAGCAUGUUGUAGUCAUCCAGCAAUACCUCAGAGCCUCGUAAUUUAUAGCUGUUAACGUGCGUGACUUUUUUUAGCUGAGAUGCUCCAGUUGAUGACUAAAGAAAAAAAUCUCGACGCGACUGUCGCUCCACGAUGCCUGAUCUAAAAAAAUCCCAUCCUGCAGCUUCUCGUCAAAGAAAUGAUGCCAGUCACACGCCUCAAGCAUGGUGCAGGGAUUGAUAGGGAAAAAAAAAAAUUGAAAAUUGAUGUUGCCCUCUCUCGCUUUAUUAUUAUUUUGUAUUAUUAUUAUUUCGUACCCCGCGUUCGCUGUCUUCCGCCAAAAUAUGCUGGUCAUAUGUUGUACACUUGAACGUUUCUGCCUCGUCGAACAGCCAGUCCUACGUCCUCGCAGCUUCGUUCGUUCUCGUUUGUUCGAUUUUGUUCGACACCCGUCCUACGUCCGUCUUUUUUUUUUCUUCCUCGUCACAGCGUUUAGUACGCGCAUAUAAAUAUUAUAUAUAUUUUAUAUAUACAUAUAAAUAAUAUUAGGUACCCCGCCGGCAUUUAAGUACAUUUCUAAAUGUUUUUUUUUUCUUAUUCUUUUCUGCGUCCCAGUUCUGUGUUAGCUGACCUGUCCGCCGCGAUGACCUGCUUUUUUUUCUCGCUAAGACAGAGUCCAUUGGAAAGCGCAAGGAACCGUCAGCUGCAGAUGAAGAAAAAAAUUGUGAUCUUUACAGACCCAAUUUUUUUCGCGAGUACGUAUGUUUUUAUACGAACUGUAGAAAAAAAACGACUAUUUAUUGAAAGCGUGGCCGAGAUCUUCGACCGUGGCCUUGCCCUCCCGUUUUGAUAUUCUCAAGCAUUUCCUUGGCCGCUGCCCACAGCACCCCUUUAUUGUAUUUUUUCUUCAUUUCUCCUCAGACUUUCAGCCUCAGAGAAAUGCCACGUGAGCCGAUAGGCCCUUCCAAGCUACUGAUACCUCCCGAGAUAUGUACUAGGGUUAUUUUCUUCCUUUAGGACAGCUUUUCGGUUGUACAAAUUAAGUAACGCCACAGCGAAAAACGCGAACUGAAACAACGAUCGCCUCAGGUACAAGAAUAAAAGAGUAUUUUGACUUCCGAUUUCGUGUUCCGGGCCAAGCCGAGCCAAGCUCGAACGGAUGCAGCUUAAUGCGUCCUCGUCUUUAUGAAGGAGAUGUGCGGCAAAUUUUGCUUGAAAAAGCUGUACUUUGUAGCGCGUACUAGGGGUCUGCGAAUAGAACAUUGUUUCAAUUGAAUUAAAACCUUUCGGAUUACCCACCGUGGUUGCUCAGUGGCUAUGAUGUUGGGCUACUAAGCACGAGGUCGCGGGAUCGAAUCCCGGCCACGGCGGCCGCAUUCCAAUGAGGGCGAAAUGCGAAAACCCCCGUGUGCUUAGAUUUAGGUACACGUUAAAGAACCCCAGGCGGUCGAAAUUUCCGGAGUCCUCCACUACGGCGGGCCUCAUAAUCAGAAAGUGGUUUUGGCAAGUAAAACCCCAUAAUUUAAUUUUUUUAACCUUUCGAAUUCAAAUAUACGAAAAAAUGCGGGAUGCUAAUUUCGCACCAAACACAGAAUAUUUUGUUGCUUGAAGAUAUUGACGAAGAAAAUUCGAAAAAAAAUGUCACCAAUUAUAUAUCUAUUUAUUCAAUGUCCGCAAUAGAUAUGGGAAAACAGCACCUCGUAAAUGAGCAGAUGUAAAGGGUGGCAGCACUUCCCCAAUACCACAUACACGCAUGCCCUUUCCUACGACAUGCCGGCUCAUAUUCAGCCAUAACCGAGUAUUCCGAGAAAGGCAAAUGUGAAAUCCUGAGUAUUGGAUUUAUGCUCGAAUUUCGAUUAUUCGCGCACCCCUUGGACGCAGAUAUGUAUGUGCAUUUUUCGCUCAGCCAGAAAUUUCCGCUUUCGUUUUCUUCUAACCGAGCACGAAUUGCGAACACGGUAUUUAGAAUAGAACACCAUUUUGUACAAUGCAUUUCCUAUACACAAAGAAUCUGAAUAGAGAUUUGCGACGAUACAGAUAUUCAGUAUUUCACACUACACCGGUCUUUUUGUUCAUGCGGAUGUCACGUGACCAUCCAUCUGGAGACAGUAUAUGAUGCAGAAUCAUAAUGCUAGUUUGAAUCGCGGCCAUAUUUCUUCCCCAGUGUUUGUCAAUUUGUCAUGGUUGUAAGGCAGUGUGCUUGAAUACCCUUCACUAGGAAAUCCAUCACUCUGUUCAUUCUUUUUUCUCUAAUUAUCAUAACGUUGCUUGUGGCGGACUUUCCGCAAAAAUGCAGCUUUUUGAAAGAAGAACGUCAUCGGAGAGGCUGCCGAACCAGAACAGAUCAGCGGUCACUACGAUACGCAAUGUUCUUUUUGUUACCCUCCAUUCGCAAUCAUUGCGAUAAAGAAGGGCCGUAUUCCAGCACACUUGCUCUAUUCCGAAAGUGAAUAGCAAAAUAAAAGAAAAUGCUAGGAGAAAAAAAAACGAAAAAAAAAAGAUUUUGUCUGACUGUGUUUCAUGUAACCGAUCUGGUACAGUGCUCUCUUUGUUUACAAAAAGUGCCUGAAAUGUGUACGCACUGUUCCUGUUGCGUCACCUGUGGAAUGAAAAAAAGAUAAAAAAAGACAAAAAAAGCUACGCAUGACGACUCGCACGUCUCCAUUUGUAAAUAUGAUUUGAUCGUGAACAGUGAUGUUUUUGUUGUCCCCGCAAUAAAUGAAAACGACAAAUGUU